AUGUCCACCUCCGCCCCCGCCGAACCCUCAAAUGGCCCCUCCAGCAGCACUGCCAAGCGCAUCUUCGCCCCCGGCGGCACGAACAACAGCCUCCAAGCCCAACAAUACACCAAAGGCUCCCUCGACAUCACCCAACUCGACGCCAACCCGCUCACCCAAUUCCACACGUGGUUCUCGCACGCGCGCGACAGCGGCGUCUACCAGCCCGAAACCGUCACGCUGUCCACAGCCUCCUUAACCAGCGGCAAAGUCUCGGCGCGCAUGGUAUACCUGAAAGAGCUGGACGAUCGGGGGUUUGUGAUAUAUAGCAAUUGGGGCACCAGCCGCAAGGCCGCGGACGUGAAGUCGAAUCCCCACGCCGCGCUCACGUUCUGGUGGCACGAGAUUGAGCGGCAGGUCCGGGUUGAGGGGCCGUGUGAGCGGCUCAAGCAGGAAGAGUCGCAAGUAUAUUACGACACGCGGAUACGGGGGAGCAGGAUUGGGGCGUGGGCGAGCCAGCAGAGCAGUGUGUUGAAGAGCAGGGAGGAGCUGGAGGAGAGGGUCAGGGACGUGGAGAGCAGGUUUGAGGGCAAGGAUGAGAUCCCGGUGCCGGAGUUUUGGGGAGGCUUGAGGGUCGUGCCGGAGAUGGUGGAGUUUUGGCAGGGGAGGGAGAGUCGGUUGCAUGAUCGAUUCAGGUAUACUAAGGGGGAGGAUGGGGGGUGGAGGAUUGAUAGGUUGAGUCCGUAG